AUGACCCACGGGACCCACAAUCAGAAAUCAGAACGGGGGACGAUAGGAGACGUGCUACACCCGCAGCUGCCCACACAUGGACGGUACAGACUGCGACUUGCCCCACGACACACGCACAUAGGAGUAGCUUCCCAGUCAGAAGAAGGGCCUACACGGGCCACACCUUCUCAAUACUAGACAGAUGCCACUCUCCGUCGCAGACGGCUGGACAGACGGAUAUCCCCGGUGCCGCUCAGGACUGAUUCGGACAUUCCCGCCCCCAUCGGCCGGAGGCAGACGAGGGAUACCUGAGUUCCCACCAGGACUGUAGUCCAUUGACCAGACCACACCCUAGUUUCCUAUAGGACCACAACACUGACACACCCACACCCCCCUUUCUUUCCUAUUCCUGUUUCUCUCUCGCCCCCCCUCCUCCCACCUCUCUCCCCUCCCCCAGCCCUGGUUACCGCUACCAAACAAACCAUCCAAGACUACUUCCUCGCUAACGAGACGGAAGACACGACACCCCUGCUGUGCUGGGAGGCGCAUAAAGUAGUGCUUCAGGGUCACUUUAUUGCGCACUGUUCCGCGCGGAAAAAGGCGCACAACCAGACAAUAACGGACCUCAACAAGGAUAUUGCGGAACUGGAAUAUCGUCAUAAGCAGACUCUGGACCCCUCGACCUACCGUGACCUUCUUCUGAAGCGCACCCAACUCACAGGACACCUGAACCGAGCAAUCCAACGCUCUUUCCAACAAUUCCAACAUAUGGUGUAUGAACACGGGAAUAAAUGUGGCAGACUCCUAGCAACCCUACUAAAAAAGCCCAGGAACCACCUUUAUAUUCCCAAGAUUCAAAAUGCUGCUGGGCGAAUGUGCCAUCUACCGGACCAGAUCUCGGCCGCAUUCACCCAAUAUUAUGAGGACCUCUACAAUCUACGAUGA